ACGGCCGAGAAUCUCCCCAGUCAGGGUAAAUCUGCCACCGAAACAAGACGUGGUGCGUGCCGUCAUGCUAUAUACAAUGUCGCGUACGCGAGCGGUUGCGGUGACAAUUUCUUAAAAUAGCGCGGGGGUGACAGUUUCGCGGGACGGGGUAGUAGCGGGAUGGAGAGUCGCGGCGGUUGGAGUAUCAUAGUCGAAACGUAGCCGGCGCUACGGUGAACCGGAGAGACCUGAAAGAGAGAGAGAGAGAGAGAGAGAGAGAGAGAGAGAGACGGGAAAAGAAAUAAAGGUUGCCGAGGGGGGCAGUCAUCUCGCGGGCGAUGAGUUGUUAAUCGUGAUCCGAGAAAGAAGGGGGUUGGCGAAACACGGGCGCGGAUUGCGGCGACGGCGGCAGUUAUGCGGUGAACGGAGAACAUUCCUGCGACCGGACCGCUGGCUGCGCGAUCUCGAGCGAUCUCGAGCGGCGGCGGUGGAGGAGGUGGCGGAGGAGGUGGCGGAGGAGGCGGAGGAGGAGGAAGAGGAGAGACGAGACCGGAAGCGAGCGAGCGAGUGGACAAGUGCGUUCCUCGGGAGUUUGCUUUCGCGAUUCGCGGACUGGUGAAUCGCGCGCGAUCGAUCAUCGGUCACGAUCAUUCGUGUGCCCUUCAUCGCGUCCGAGAGAUUCGACGGCGGAAAAAGGGGGAGAGAAGGAACGAAAGUGCUUUUUUUUCCCCCCCAGGACAGUCGCGUCUCGCUAUGUGUCUCGCGACUCCGCAACGAUUCACUUCGAUUCCCCGACAAGUACCGACUGUGUGGACCGCGCGCGUCCGCGCGACGGAAGCUGGGACCGCCCUGCUGUGAGCUUCUGGGACUCCCCGAGAUCGUCGGCGCGUUCCUCCGCGUGACGUUUUUACUGCCUCUAGCGAAUAUCUUUCAGCGGAAGAUUUAAACCGCCGUCGAGUGGAGGAGCGCGAGAACUUUAGCGAGGAGAGGAUAUAGGUGGAAAGUUUCGCGGCACGCGGCGCGCCGCCCGUCGAAAGUUUCGCCAUAAUCAUUUCCGCGCGCGUUAUCGCCUACGUGGCCGCUACUGCAGGCGCGACAGACGACACAAAUCGGAGUGAGCCGGCGGUGAGAUCGGCGCGGCGGGACGCGAUAUAUACCACCGUCAUUUCUUGCGGGAAAUCUGGCGCGCGUACAUUGUCGACCGUCGCGCGACAAUUCGUCGUGUCCGUCGCGAGGGGAUUGAAUGAAAUCGCGGACCGUCCCGUUCCACUAUUUUGAUAUCGUGACUGGACUUCGGUCAUCUGAGAGUUCGGAGACUUGGAGUUUGACGCGCAGGUGCGGACGAUUGCGAUUUGUCGAAUCGAAAAAACCGAUAGAAGAGAAAAAAUCCCGCGGCUGGAUAAGUGGCUCCGCGCGAGAAUCGUGUGCCGAUAAGCGUGAAAAGCCAAGAAAGAAGUCGACGUGAUAUAUAAGACCCUGGUGGUCGCCUGGUGAGGUCAGUGAGUGGAUGGUGAUGGUUAGCGAUAUCUCGCUGAGGAGGAUGUGAAUCGUUUCAGUAUCGAAGUGCAAGCGUCUCCCGAAAUCAAUCGCGGAAAUGGCUCUGAGAUGGCAAGCGAGGCUCUCGAUUGCUGCCAUACUCUUCAUGUGCACAGAAGAUACGCUGAGUCUAGGAGAUCGGACGAUAGAUACCAUGGACAGACACGCGAUCCAGACCAGACCUCGGCAGCAAAUGCUGGAUCAUUCUUCCGGCCCGAAGUCGAAACCGGAACCUACCUUCGACUACUCGCAGAACACCAACGUGACGGCCCUGAUUGGAAAAACUGCAUACCUCACGUGCCGAGUUCGCAAUCUAGGCGACAAAACCGUAUCCUGGGUCAGGCACAGGGACAUCCACAUCCUGACGGCGGGGGCGUACACGUACACGAGCGACCAGCGCUUUCAAGCACUACACAGACAAAACACGGGCCACAGCAACGAAUGGUCCGAGUGGACUCUCUGCAUAAAAUGGGCGCAGGAACGAGACCAAGGGAUCUAUGAAUGUCAGAUUUCCACCAUACCUAUCAAGUCGUAUCAGUUUCGCUUAAACGUCGUUGUACCUACGGCGACGAUACUGGGCGGCCCCGAGUUGUACGUCGGUGCGGGCAGCACGAUAAACCUGACGUGUGCCAUACGCUUUAGCUCGGAGCCACCAGCCUACAUCUUCUGGUACUACAAUGAGAACGUCCUAAGCUACGACAGUCCCAGGGGCGGCGUCUCCGUGAUAACCGAGAAGGGUGGCGACGUCACCACCUCCUGGCUUCUCAUUCAGACGGCGCAGCCCUCGGACUCCGGGGAGUACAGCUGCAAGCCGAGCAACGCCAAUACGGCGUCCAUCAGGGUUCAUGUCCUAAAUGGCGAGCGACCGGAAGCGAUGCAGACCGGGACCGCGGGGCCGAUACUGUCCUCGAGUUGUCUAUUGGUGUCCCUCAUCAUUUUGUACAUAUCCUCGGUGUAAACGAAAAUGAGAAGCAACGUCUGCGGCCGAAGAUCACAUCGCGGUACGUUUCCUCUUUUAUGUCUACGCAAACGCCCGUCACCAUCACGCGCGUCCGCUCCGACGGACGUGUGAUCGCGAGACGACCGCAGUUUGUGACAGGACACAAAAAAGGAUUUCCGUGUGAAUGUAGGAACUGAGAUGGAGCGUGUCCAGUUGCACGUAAUUCACGAUGCUUUUCACCGAAGGAGGGAAAAACUGCCAACCGAGGAAUAAUAGCGAUUCCUCUUGUAAGUAGCGGCUCUCAAUUAAUUGAUUAUUACUCCUCGCAAAAAGCGUCGCGAGUUAACGUCCGUUGCGAGCGACACGCCGGAACAUGUGUGGUGCGACUACUUUAACGAAGAUAUAACGAAGAAGAAAAAAA